AUGGCUGCUUCGAGUAGUGAAAAAAGUCCAGUGAAGGCUGUGGAGCUGUGUAAGGGCAUCAAUGGCCUCGACAAGGUUGUUCUUCGGGACGUUCGCGGCCGCUCUACCGAGGUGUAUUUGUAUGGGGCCCAUGUAACUUCAUGGAAGAAUGAACAUGGAGGAGAAAUGCUCUUUGUCAGUAGUAAGGCAUUUUUCAAGCCUCCAACAGCAAUUCGUGGAGGUAUCCCUAUAUGCUUUCCUCAGUUCUCAAACCUUGGACCUCUUGAGCAACAUGGAUUUGCUAGAAACAAGCAUUGGACUGUUGAAAAGGAUCCUCCCCCACUUCCAUCAGAGUCUACGGCAUUUAUUGACUUGAUACUAAAGCCCUCUGAAGAUGACUUCAAAAUCUGGCCUCACAGAUAUGAAUUCCGAUUGAGGGUAACAUUGGGACCUGAUGGAGAACUUCUGCUAACAUCUCGAAUAAGAAACAUCAACACUGAUGGAAAGCCCUUCACCUUUACAUUUGCGUAUCGCAACUACCUCUCUGUUUCAGACAUAGGGUGA